AUGGCUGGUGGACACAAGAAAUGUUUGCCUUUGAUUGGAUUCACUCUUAUCUGUCUUAAAUUGGUUGCUUCAGGAAAAACAGCUCCUGACAUACCCACUAUUGAUCAGGCAUACUCAAAAAUCAGCAACAGCAUCACUGUGGAGUGGGCCACCGUGCCAGGGGCCACCAGUUAUCUCCUUACAGCUGAAGAUGGAGACACUGUCAUUGAAACCACAGUGGCCAAUUCCCCAGGCACUGUGACAGGCCUGAAGGCUGCGACCUUGUACCAAAUCACCGUCAGAUCCAUCAGUGCCACCGGGAGAAGCCAAGCAUCGCCUCCGAAGCAGGCAAAGACAGUAUUGGCUGCACCAAUUCUAGAAGUGAGCUCUCCGAGUCCAGGUUCUAUUCUUGUGCAGUGGGAAGCCGUAUAUAUGGCGAUUGGAUUCUCCGUUUCCAUUAUGCGAGCUAAUGGUUUGGGUAGAGUAUGGAAAGAGAAUACCACAAACACCUCGUUGACAUUCACCAGUUUAGAUGCUGGGACUCUCUACACCAUAAAGGCCUACGCGUGGAAUGCCAAUGGAACCCCUGGGGAUGACUCCACCUGUAAUCAGAGAACAAGUCCUCAAGCUCCUGCCAACAUUCAAGUCUCUUUUGACAGUGGGGCUCUGAAGGCCUCUGUUUCAUGGGCCCCAGCGGAAGGAGCUUUCAACUAUACUGUGAUGGCUUCGAGUGAUUCUUCAAAGCUGAGCUGUAGUACAACUCUCAGUACCUGUACCAUCUCCUCCCUCCAGUGUGGGACUGAGUACCUCAUUUCAGUUUUAGCAAGUAAUGAUGCUGGUUCUAGCCAAUCAACUUCAGCAGAGGCCCUAAAAACUGUUGCUUGUGCACCUGGCAGAGUGACCAUCCGAGAAGAUCCUCCUGGCCACCUAUCUGUGGCUUGGUCCAGUGUAGAUCUGGGCGAUUACUAUGUGGCCUUUGUGAAGAGUGACGAUGGCUUGGAAGUCCACUGCAACACAUCCCUCACCCAGUGCAAUUUCUUAUCUGAAUGUGGCUUCACUUACUUUAUCAGUGUUUUUGCCUAUAACAAGGCAGGCCAGAGUCCUCUGGGCGAUGUGGUCAAUUAUACCACAGCUCCCUGUUGUCCUACUGACAUUAACCCGGUGUUAGUGUCCAGUGACAGAGUAGAGAUCGUCUGGUCUCCUGUCCGUGGUGCCGAACUUUAUGAAACCAAGGCUGUAGAUGGGUUCAAUGUGGUUGAGUGCAAUGACACGGCUCCUGCUUGCACCCUCUCAGCCCUAGAGUGUGACACCAAGUACAACAUCACAGUGUAUUCCUUUAGUGAAGUCCGGGGCAGCAACAUGUCGUGUAUUUCCCAAUUCAUAACCACAGCUCCUUGCAGGCCUGAAAUAAAAAAUGUUUCGAAGGAUGCUUUCUCCACAAUUAACGUGCACUGGCGAUCCACUAAUGAUGAUGCCACUUACACAGUGACUGCUCAGGGGGAGAAAGGGCGGUAUCUGUGUAGCAGCAGAGGAGAGUCCUGCACCAUGGGGGGCUUGCCCUGUGGCUCCAUGUUCUCCAUCACUGCGGUGGCUGAAACACAGGCAGGACAGAGUCUGCCCAGCUACAGUGUGCCCCUAGAAACAGUGCCAUGCUGUCCAGCUGGUCUGACAGUAACUCAGGUCACCCAGUCAGUAAUCAAUGUGAGCUGGACUGCUGGGACCGGGGCCCAAACCUAUGUGACGGUUCUGGAGUCACACACUGGACAGUCUAAGUGUCUCACCCAUCAAAACCAGUGCCUCCUGGGAUGCAUCGCAUGUGGCAUCAAUUACACAGUGGCAUUAAAAGCGAUUAGUGCCACUGGGUUGACGGCAGACUGCACCUACCAAGCUUAUUCCUCUAGUGCCUGCUGCCCAUUGGGAGUGAAAUUGUAUAGACUGGGCCCUAAUGGCAUUCGAAUCUACUGGCAAGCCUCCAGGGGCUCUGCCAAUUACAGCACUGACCUCUAUGGUUCCAAAGGCAUUUUCACAUGUGCCCCAAGCGCUGGCCUCAGUUUUUGUGAUGUCACCGAGAUACCCUGUGGGGAUGUAUAUACCGUGAUGGUCUCACCAGUCUCUGAGACAGGACUGAAGCUUACAUUCUGUCCAAAAAAAAUAUAUUCAGUAACCUGCUCUGGAAGUACACUUGGAAUGGUGAUUUACAGGGGAAAAGAAAUGCAGAAUGACACAGGGAACCCUGGCUAA